CUGCAAGCUCUCUUCUCUUCGGAUAUUUCUUGUUCUCUCUCCUCUCUCUCUCUACAACCUGCUCUCUCUCUCUCUCUCUCUCUCUAAAACCUGUGCUCGAUUGAUUCAUUUACCACGAUAAUCCUGCCUCUACGCGCGAGCCUCUCUCUCUAUCAAACACAAAACCCAUCCUUAACCCAUGGACGAAGGGGAAACACUGACCGCCAAUGGCUCAAACCCUAGAUGGCAACUGGACCAGGACCUAGACAACAUCUUCUACGACCCUGAAGAAGGCUACCCAUCUGUUCCAUUAAAGAAGGUCCCCUUUGGUGACAUCUUCGAAGCUUCUAGGGCUGGAGACCUUGAUCGCCUUCGCUACCUUCUUGAUUCGGGAGUUAACGUUAAUGGUCGUGAUUCUUGGGACUCUGUUUCUUUAUACUAUACUUGUUUAGCUGGACACUUAGAAGCUGCAAGGCUUCUGUUAGAGAGUGGAGCAAUUUGCUCUGAACACACCUUCGAUGGUGAUCGAUGCCAUUAUGCUGCUUUGAAUUUGAGGGUUAGGAAGCUUUUGAAGGCUUUUGAAGCUCGACCUCCUCCACUGCAACCUUUGCAGUCAGCUUUGAGGGAUACAUUCUUUGGAUGUGAGGCCAAUCGGGUGGGAAAUAAGGAGUUUGGAUCAAUUCGAGCAAUGGGUAAUCCUUCAUCUAGUGAUACAUCCAGCUAUUUCCCUCCUGAUGUGACGUUUUUUGUGCGGGGAAACCCUAUUGAAGCCCAUAGAGUGAUUCUAAGUGCUCGCUCGCCCCUUUUUAAGAAGAGAUUUGAGACUGAUUGGAGGGAUCGCAGGGUUGUGAGAUUUGCAAAGGAGAAGCUAUCUUAUCGUGCCUUGUACAGUCUCAUCCAUUUCUUCUACUCUGAUAGGCUUGAGGUUGCAGUUGAUGACAUGGAAGAUCUUGUGAGAAUUUGCAAAGUUUGUGAAUGCGAAGAGUUACAAAAAGUUCUUGACAAAGAAAUAAUCCAUCAAAAAUAUGCUGAGUACAAGUCUCUCAGGGAUAUAGAUGGUUCUCAGAAAAGGUUCAUUUUACAGGGUACUUCUCUCCCAGAAGAUGAUCGUCUCCCUGCCUCCUUGGAUCGUGUUCUUCAAAAAUCGCUAGCCAUUUCAAGUGGGGGUAUGGGAAUUGAAGAUACCCAGAGUGUAGUUAUAUCAUCUUCUCUCCGUGAAAGGGACAUGGGUAAUGAUCUAGCUGAUGUGUGUAUCAAAGUUGAAGGGAAAACUUUCCGAUGCCAUCAAGUUAUAUUGGCUUCACGGUCGGAAUAUUAUAAAGCAAGAUUGUACCGGAUGACUGGUUUUCUUGAAGGGAAAGAUGGGAUUCAUACCCAUUUUCUCCCCCAGCUCGAAGAACAUGAUCUAAGCGCAGACUCAUUUAAGAAGCUGAUUGAAUAUAUGUAUACUGAUGGUCUGAAGGAUAUAGAUCCAGAUCAGGCUGAAGAGAUGUUUGAUGCAGCUUCAAGAUAUUUGCUGUUUCCUCUCAAGCGUGCUGUGGCUGAUGCUCUCAUACCCCAUCUGGAAACGGCUUCAUCUGCAGAAUUGUGCCACUGGCUCAUUUUAUCUGACAUGUAUGGGGUGGGAAAGAUAAGAGAGUAUUGUCUCGAUACAAUGGCCUGUAAUUUUGAGUUGUUUGCUGAUACCCCAGAGUUCCGCUCCAUGCUUUUGACGAUUCCGCCCCCCUCAAGUGACUCCUCUCUUAGAACGACUCUUCCAAGUGCACCAGGAGGUAAUGCAAAAAAUUUAGACAUUGCCAAUAUUCUUGAUGAUCUUCGAGAGAAAUGGCUCGAGGCAGAAGCUGCUGAGCUUGACAAGAGAGAUGAGAGCGCAGCUUUAUUUGAUAAGCGUCUGGAGAUCCUCAUGCUUGUUGCUCAACAUGAAAAUCUUAACAUAAACAGUGAAGUUGGUGGCCAAGAAGAGCAUUAGUAAGUGGUACUUAACCUCAACUUUCAUGCCUUAACAUGGAGGCAUUCGUGUAUGUCUUUUUUAUGUAUCCACUCUGAGUUUCUUUCAUUGUUUUUUGGUCAUGAAUAGGCCUUUGUGUUUCCGCCUGUUUUUGGAUUUUGAGAAAGAGAGAGUCCAAAGCAAGCUACCAAAAUUUGCCAGAUCUUCUUGUUUUCUUAUUCAAUUGUCUGUAUGGAAUUAUGCUGUACUGUGAUGGAUUGUCACUAGAAAGGGGACCAGAAACCAAUUUGCUAGUGAAUUGUUCUUUCAUGAUUAGCAUUUUCUCUUCCUUUUUCUUUUUAAAUGAAAAAUACUACUGGUAUUAGUUAGUAUGAUUUCCUGUAUAUACCUGUAUAAACUAGAUGAUAUAUAAAAUGGCUCUUCAGA